GUGCACUAUAGCACAAUGGGUAUACCAAUCACGCUAAAGCUCAUCCCUUUCUGCCCCUCUCUUUCUCCUUCACCAUCACCACUUUUCCAUCGUUCACGGGUGCUAGAGCGCUCGACAUAGCCGCCACAUAUCAUCAGCAAGAAUUCAGACGGAACAAAGACACCCAUUUGUGUCAAUCUACAAGUAUAAUUGAUUAGACACGGCACAUGGCCUCGGAGAGAAUGCAUCUGAAAGCGGCGGCUCCGCGCUAAGAUUCGCCCACAUACCGUUGCGUGGCGGUUCGAGCCUCGUGCCUCACGCAUCUCAUUACAUUCACCUACUGCCGCCUUUCAGCUCAAGAGGAGUCCGACGAUAAAGUGAAGGUCGUCGGAAACACCAAAAGUGAACUAGUCCGAUUCUCAAGGGUGUCAGAACGGGGCAAGCACCGUUCCGAUAAAACUACACAUUUUCUUUUGCGUCGAUUGGUGCCUCCUCUCUCCUGGGACUUACACGAGCCUUGUUCGACCGAUCAUCUCGUCCGGCGACUGCACGGCACUGGUUUUCUCGACUACGCAAGUGCGAAUGAAGCGUACGUGCUGCUGUAAGUUCUUCAUUGUCGUCGACGUGUAGUCAUCUGCCCGGUGACAUCCACUGCGACGCAGAAGACAUCGGGUCAAAGUCAGUCAUGAUCCUCAAGGUCCUCCUUCUCUAUAUGGUGACCGUCGUUGCAGUUCAAGGUCGAGCUAUCAAAAAUAAUGCCGAGGACAAUGAGAAGUCCCCGUACAGUAUACACUACGACCACACAGAUGAGUUGGGAACUCGCAUCUACAGUCUAGAGAUCACUGAUGCCGACAACGUACGCAUGGGCACCUACGGCUACAUGGACGCGAAGGGACUGUACAGACAAGUUCACUACUUGGCCGACUCCACUGGAUACCACGUCUAUGUCUGCACUAACGAACCCGGCACAGAAACGUCUUAUCCAGGCGACGCAGUCAUACAUAUGCACCACUGGGAGAAAGUGGACCCUGAUUCUACCCUCGGGAAGCUGCUGUCUAAACUACCGCCAAUUCACAACCAUCCGAAGCCUGUGAAGCCCACGAGGAAGAAGAAGCAUAGCCUCAAACACCUGACGAAGCCGGGAAUUAUGGUGAACUAGUGUUUUCCGCUUAAAUUUAUCGCACCAGAUGAACCAGGAUGCAUAUGCAUCCUUCUUAUUGGAUGUGGUUUUUGGUUUUCCCUGGGUGUCUUCAAUUCGUAAAGGCUGAACUCCAGGAAGCGAAUUAUGCGACACAACUCACGAACUUCACCCGACGGCACGCUCGCUUUCCGGGCGAAGUACCAGCCAGUGUGCUGAUUCCACGCGCAGAGCAAAAGAAGCCGAACAAAUUUUGUGGAUUUUUUUUCGCAGCCUAUUCGCCCCAAGGAGUCCAUCCUUUAGACCACUGAUGAUAUUUAUGUGUACACUUUCGAUCUCUUGUAAGUUCCAAUCCCCACAGAUAUACAUUCUGUCUUCAGAAACAUGUCUUAUUUUGUAAAGUUAGUUUUCAAGUAGGUCACUACGACAUUGUCAGUUCAGGAAUUUGUAGAAAGUGUCUCAGUUAGGUUUUUCUUGGGCACCUUGUGUAGUCAGACGGUGUCUAUGAAUGGAAAACUAACGCUCUUUAUGCUAGAUAAGGAAAACUCAUAUUUGUACACUAUAACUCUAUAACUUUAAAGUUAGGCAUAGAAAUUGGCGGAGGUUAUUGUCAUGGCUAAAUAUACUGAACAUACAUUUUCUGCUUGCUUGGCGGACGCAUCAGCUCAAAGGUACUAACACACUGUCAAAAUGUGGUUGGGCCAGUGUAUACAUGACGAAUAAUUAAAAUGUUCAUUUUGUAGUGUGACACGUCACACGAAAUGGCCGUAAUAGCUGUUUUUAACCUCGUAAAGGUCACAAAACGCAAAGUUAGCAGGUGUUUAAAUAUUGUUUUUGGCAGACUGCUGCGUGAAAAAUAGAGGAACGGAAUCGCUCCUUACGUAAGAGUUCACUGCAUUCCUCUAGAUAAUACAACUAAUACUUUAGCGACAAUAUAGCAAGCAUCUGUAGUGGUAUUAUUGUAGCAUUUAAGAACCCACGAAUAAUAUAUUUAUUAUAAGUUAUAAAUAUAAAUUCGAGUCAUCUUAGUACAAAUAUUUAGCAGAUAUUAGAAAUGGUUAACGCAUAUUUGUUCCUUGAUGCUUCGCAUGAAAAUGUGGCACGUUAUUUUUGGUGUUAAAAUAAAAUAUUAGGUGUUGAAACUAUCGCUAGUGUCAGUUCCCUAAACACUGCAGACUGAAUAUCUUGAUUGUUAAUACGAGAAGGAGGGAAUUAAGACGACUGGGAUGCAUUUACUUAAGAGGAGAACAAAGCCAGAAUAGUUGAAAUUAAAAAUGUCCCAAUUCUUGCAUAUUUCCAACGUUUGGGAGUAUAUCUGGUUUACGUAGAAAUGUAAAUGAUAUCGUCAUGCACAUUCGUAAGCCAAGCACAUGUUUCCUUAUGAAGUGCAAAAAUAUUCAGUCUACAGUGUGCAGCGACUUUAUAACUGCAACAUGAGUAUUUCCUUGAGGUGCAAACGGAACGGAAAUAAUUCUGCGAUAUCGGGUAAAUCAGGUAGAGGCCUCGCUGCAAAUUUAGAAACUCGGACAGCGUAUUGAUGUUUAGUGCCUGCUCUACGUGAACGAUCAGUUUGCCCAUAGUGGCUUAUAGAGUCUGCCUUGGCGGUAAAGGGCUUCGCGCUUCGCGUAUUUACGUUUACAUGACGGUACCUGAUAAAGACUUGCCAUUAGAUCAUUGUGCUCGAUCGUUUUCCAAUAAAUUCUAGUAUUGUAUCGAAGUGCCUCACUCAAUAUUAUUGAUCACGAAAAUAGAUUUCUGACUUUAGAGCGUAACUUUUAAACGCCCGUUUCCGGCUUGAGCCGCGUUGCGGUCGCCGUCGGCGUAACCGCGCGUUACAUUAUGUGAAAACUUCCCCACUACAAUUAGCGAAAAAUUUUCCCGCUAAAUUUACCGUAAGAAUUCUCCCACUAAAUUUAGCGGAAAAUUUUCUCCGCUGAAGUCAGUGGGAAAUGUUUCCGCUACAUUUAGCGGGAAAUUUAGCGAAAAUUUUUCGCAAAAUGAGAGAGAAGUAGGAGAGGAGGAAUGGAGGGUACGGAGGGGCAUGCCCCCCCCCCCACACCCUCUCCGCCUCCUCCUCAAGAGCUGCGCUCUAUUUGGACAAUACAGAGAAUGGUAAACGUCUUUCAUUCUAGAGCGCAGCUGUUAGGCGCCCGUUUACUGCUUGAGCGGCGUCCGCGCCGCCGUCGCCGUCUUUGUAACCGCUCUGUGCAUUAUGGGUAAAUUUCCCCGCUAAGUAUAGCAGAAAAAUUUCCCUGCUAAAUUUAGCAGAAUACUUUCCCCGCUAAAUUCAGCAAAAAAAUUUCCCCACUAAAUUUAGCAGAAACAUUUCCCCGCUAAAUUUAUCGGAAAACUUUCCCCGCCAAUUGUUGCGGUAAAUUUUCCCCUCCAAAUUGAGCGGAAAAAAGUUUCCCCGCUAAAUUUAGCGAAAAAAUUUCCCGCUAAGUUUGGCGAAAAAAAUCCCCUCUAAAUGUAACGGAAAAACUUCCGCUAAACUUAGCGGAAAAACUUUUCGGCUAAAGUUCGCGUCACAUUUUCUCCACUAAAGUUAGCGGGAAAAGUUUCCCGCUAGUUUUAGCGGAAACAUUUCCCCGCUAAGUUUAGCCGAAAUUAGCAUAAAAUUUUCCCCUAAAUCGGAGGCGAGCAGGAGAGGAGGAGGGGAGGGUACAAAUGAGGAGGAGGGGCAUAGCCUCCUCUCCGUGCCUUCCUCUCCUCCUCCUCAAGAGCUGCGCUCUAAUUCGGAGUUACAGGGGAUUGUAAACGUCUUUCAUUUUUUAUGAUACGUCUAGUAAGGCUACAUAUAAAAAAAACUUCGAAAAGAUGAUAAAACAUCUCGCGUAGCUCGAGAAUAGUGGGGUUACAACCAAUGUUACCAGCUCCAAGGGCAUGUCCCUAAACGUACGGACUUUUUGCAAUCUUUUGGCUCGGUAGAGACGUAGGGACGUCCUCUAACUUUUUUAUGAAUUCAUAAGGAUUUUACAGCUUCUGUCAUUUUUUAUUUUUCAAAUUUCUGCACACUUCAGUUGCCUUUCGCUUUUUUUGAUCAAGAUGGAUAAGCACACCACAGAUUUGUUAGGUGGUACCACCAAAUUUGUUAUCAGAUUCCUUCCAAGGCCCUUACGAAGUCACGUUUCUACUUUAAAACAGAGCACCAAAACUGAAAUUUCUUCUACGCAAACUUAUUAAAACGCGGUAUAAGAUAUUGAAAAGAGGAGGCCAUCACGGCACCGGCCAUAAGAUGGACACCGGGCGCAGCUUGAAAUCAAAAAUAUUAGAGUGAAUCGCGUUGGUACCAUGUGUAUUGCUUUUUCUACUUUUCACGUGUUAGCCCUAAAAAGAAAACAACAACAACAACGCCGAUCUGCUUUUUUUUUGACGUGAUCACUGAACUAACAAUUGCAAGUGUGAAAUCAAAACCAAAUAGAUCGUAGAGAAUACCUGCAUUUUGUUUUUGUCACUUGCGUACGAAUAUUGCUUUAAAAGGUUACAAUUGGCAAACGCAUAACAUAUUUUUACAAAAAAGUAUGCAUAGUUGUUUGUAACUUGUUAAGGCGGGUUCAUGAGCGGAACGACAAUAAAAUUCUAACGUAGAUAGUUUAGGCUAAAGGUAAUAAAAGCACAGAAAAUGCUAAUCCAACUGGGCGCGCAGUCAUACAUCGAUCAAACGAUUGUAAUUCCUAAACCCAACUGAGUCUACAUGUAAAAAAAUAAAUACAAAUAACGAAAUAGAAAAAUGUUUUAGAUUUUUAAUGAGCCGAACACUACGCUAAACAUUUUAUUUAAAAGCCUGCCUAUAUGAGACUACAGCCAUACGACACACUGCCAAAAAUAUCAAUACUCAAGCCUUAAACCUCAUCAAAAUUGAAAACGGAAAAUAUUUUUUGAUAUCACACCUCUUCAAAAGUUUACAGGCGGAGGAUUGGAAGUCGUGCGUGAACUUCAUUUAAAUUUACCUCAUCAUGCAAUGCCAUUGCGAAAACUAAAGGAGAUUUUCUAUUCGUAAGUCUACCUAGAACGUUUUUUUUUGUUGAAAAGUUGAACAUGUGACUGCAAUAUUACACAUAAAAGAAAUAAACAAAAAAUUAUAAAGACGCGUCGUCUACCAAGUUCUUUUUUUUUCUUAAUUUUUCUCGUUUAUAAGAACUCGUUUGAAUUGUGGUUAACUUUCCUUUUAUUCGUCUCGGUGCAUUAGCAGACAAGUUAUUAAAAAAGUCCAAUUGAAUCAAUAUUCGAAGCACACAUUUAGAAAACAAAACUUCAGUGGUUCUAGAACUAUAGCCUCGUGUCUGAAGCUUGCACGUUGUUGUUUUCAUAAUCUAGGCAUUUUCUAUAUGCAUAGGAACUCGCGUAUGAUCUUUUGUGGCUAAUAGAGGAACAUGCAGGAGGGUGGCUGGAAGAAUAAAAGAAAAACGGUUGGUUACACUGGUUACAACGGACAUGGACAUCAGUUAAUUCUAUUAAAAUAAAACAAAGUAUUGUCGAAUAUUUGCUUUUUAAAAAUUAUUGAUACGAGUAAAGUAAAGGGUUCCUGAUUUUUUUUACUUAUAGAUUUUGCAAAUUCGAAAUUCUAGAGAAGGCGGUGCCAUCCAAUAGAAAAAGCGUGAAGGAAAGAAGCCGGAAGCUAUCGCCUGCCCUAGUGCGCUGCGAAUACUCGUCAGGUCUGGCAGUCAAAAUGUGAAACAGAGGACGGAAGAUUAAAUGCACAUCAUUAAAGCUGCAACUGCUGUAUAUUUUGGCGCUUAAUCCGGGUAUCUCUUCGCUGACACGGUUUAGGAUUUGGUCUGCCGAUAAAGGAAACCCAAUGAUUGUUUAUACAAAAUUAUAUAUGCUUUUCACUAGUGCGUUCCUUUGAUUAGCAGGUUUCUACUGUAUACUAAACAAAGUUUUGAUUAUUUUGCAACGUCAGCGUCGACGUUGUGCCAGGCAAAAGACAUCGUCUCACGUGCGUUCGCGUGUGCACCGUCCCGUGACGCCUGGCAAAGAGCGAGCACUUGGCAAG